UACAGUUAAGCUAAAAAGAAAAAAUCAAGUAAAUUUGAAGCACUAUUUGUACAGGGCUAACCAAGCCAGGCCUGCGAAAAGUAAUGCCCAGAACACAAAACAAUUCCCUACCCUACAAUACAUUGGUUGCCAUACGACAAAUGAUAAUUUCAUAACGGUUUUUAAAAGGUUCCCGUGAAAAUCAUUGCGUUUGCGGGGCGGCAAGUGGGAACCGUAUCCCUUUUGUUACGUUGCGUCACGUAAGAAGUGCAAACUCAACUUUCCGUAAAGAGGGGGAAUACGAAAUUGCUGGAAGAGCAUUUCCAUACGCUGCGUUGCGUACAUUGCGUUGCGGCAGGUUUUCUGCAAGUGGGAACCAAGCUUAAGUGUCAUAUCUGCAUAUUGGUAAAUAUUGGAAGAUACAACCUCUGGGAGGUCAAGAACAAAUUAAAUAAGAGUAACGUGAUGGCAGCGGCUUUCGCGGACGAACUAGAAGAUGAACUCCAGUGCCACAUACAUUUUGGUAUAUUAAAGGAUACCAAAAUCCUACCAUGUCAUCAUACAUUUUGCGAAAGGUGUUUAGAUGUUUGGGUUGCGCAAAAGGAGGGCGUCCUAAUAUACCCUUUGUGUAACACUAAUCAUGGUCCAUUUCCAAAUGGAGCGAAAAAACUUCAAAAAAAUUACCAACUCAAACGUGUACUUGAGGUUAUAAACAGAGAAUCAGAGAAGCAUGUAUGUGUAAGAUAAAAUCAUAAAGUUGUUGCAUUCUGUAGCACAUGCUUGGAAUGUGUAUGCCAAGCAUGUCUGAACAAACAUCAAUCCCACGCAACUCAAAACCUGGAUACAAUCAACCAAGAGCUAUCACAUAAACAGAAAAUCUCGAAAAAUUCUCUACAACGAGCACAAGAGUCAUAUGGCCAGCUGAAAGAAAAUGAACAUAUGGAGAAAGAAAUGCUGGCUGUCUUUAUAGCACAAUGUAUAGAUGCUGUGAACUCAUUUUGUGACAAAGCUGUAUUCGAAAUAACAACAGCCGUUGAUAAAAAAUCCUCGAUAUUGAAAAGCACAUGGCUGAAUUUAAAGAAUUACACAACGAAUACAAAGAAGGAGAAACUAUUAUAAAUACGAUUUCAAAGGAGUCUGUAGAUCUACCAGAAAAUGUACAGAAAAUGUGGGAAAAAUUAAUGACCAUCAAAUCUCUAUCAAACACAUCAAUUGGUGUCGAAAAUCCUUACCUCAGAUACGAAAUUGAGAACCCUUUUAAUACCCAAAAUAUAUCCGCUGGCAAGUUGAUGCUUGGAACAUCUGCAGAUGUAUCUUUAUCGAAGAUAGUGGUGAAUAGGGAUACCGAAUUGGUGGAUGCAAGUGUGUAUAUAUCAGUGAAUCUGCAAGAUGUUGUUUUGAGGGUUAUGCAACCCGACUUGUCCAAAGGCAAUAUUCAAAAUAUAGACGGCUUGUACGUAUUCGUUCCUACAAUGAUUGGUGAUCAUAAGAUCCACGCUUACAUUUAUGGAAGGGAAUUGUGUAAUUCUCCAUAUGAUUUAAGGAUCUCCCCAACAUUCAACCAGAAACUUGAAAAAUUUGGCAACGUCAAAUACAAAGCAGCCCAUGACGUGGUUGAGUAUAAAAAUGAAAUCUACGUAACUGACAAAGGAAACAAUCGCAUUGUCGUCACUGAUAAAGAUGGUGUACUGCAACGGGAAUUUACGUUUAAGCUUAUAAACAUGGCUCAUGAUUUCGACCCAUUUGGAAUAACAGUAUCACAAAUAGGUGUUGUGCACAUGACAGAUAUUCGUAAUCACGAAGUAUUCUUGUCUGAUACGAAUGGUAACUUCCUUAAAAGAUUCGGCAAAACCCAAUUGAAGAAACCAAAUGGAAUUGCAUUAAAGGACAAUGGUGACAUACUUGUUGUGGACUAUGAUGAUCACCGUAUCUGUGUGUUUGACAAAACGGGUGUAUUUAAACAAUAUUACGUAGGCCAAGGUAAAGAUUUUGGUAAUUUUUUUCACCCGUGGUUUAUUAAUAUGCAGAGCAACAACAGCUGGGUCGUGACAGAUUGUAAAAAUUUCCGUUUUCAAAUUAUCCCUCUCAAUGGUAAUGCAAGACCUGUGCCUGUGACUGUAUAUGGCAGGGGAGCAUUUGUUAGAGGUGUGACAGUUGACCCUAAUGACAACAUCAUAGUUAGUGUACAAGCAAAAACAUAUCGCAGGUAUUAUUAUGUGCUGAUGUACAAUUCAGACGGUAUAUUUCGUGGAUGCAUUUCAGAGGAAGAUGUUCUUUUGCGACCACGUGGGAUGUGUGUUACUAAGAUAACAACUGAUAAGCAAGUUCUUCUUGUUGCUGAUGAAACUGGAGUUUUGCAGUUUCGCUUGAUCUGAAGAUAUUUCAGUGCAUAAUUAUUUAGUUAGGCCUAUUGUUUUGUUAAAGUGACAGACAGUCCUUAUACAAUAUAUAUAAUGUAUAUAUAUUAUUGUUAUAACUUCAGUAUAUAGGCUACGGUAUAUAAUUAAUACACAUCUUAGAUGUUUUUAAUCUUUUUAUUGUAGUUUCUGUAUACCGUCAAUUAUUCUAUCUCAUUUCCAACAACCAACUUUGUUUUCAAGGUGAAAACACAAUGGAACAAAAGAAAAAAAAAUAUGAAACUGAAACUUCUUAUUCCUCAUCGGUUUUGUUAAAACGCAAUGAUAGGAUCCACAGAUUUAAUGUUAUAUGCUUAUAAUAAUGUAUCAUAACGUAUCAUGGUUAUAAUGAUGAAAACUUUCAUCAAAAAAGCGUCACAUAAAAUGCGAUGGAACAUAAGAGUUGAAC